AUUUAACGCGUUAAAAUUGCAAAAUUAACUGAAUUUAGCACGCAAAACGUUGGCAAAACAUUAAACAAGUAUGGCGGAUGCCGCAGCACGUCAAUUGCAGUACGAGUACAAGGCGAACUCGAAUCUUGUGCUGCAAGCUGAUGUACGACUCAUUGAGCGUCCGAGGCGCGAUGAAGCCACCGGCGAGGUGUGCUCACUGGUGGGCAAAUUGGAUGGCACUCGCAUGGGCGAUCGAUAUCAGCGCACAAGGCCCGAGAAGACAGAAGAGCGCAAACAGAAGCGACAGAAACGUGAUGAGGCGCAAUACGAUUUUGAACGGAUGAAGGGCGCCACACUGCUCUCGGAGGGCAUCGAUGAAAUGGUCGGCAUUGUGUAUCGCCCCAAAACACAGGAGACGCGUCAAACCUACGAAGUGCUUCUCAGUUUCAUCCAGGAGGCGUUGGGCGAUCAGCCGAGGGAUAUAUUGUGCGGCGCUGCCGAUGAAAUUCUAGCUGUGCUCAAGAAUGAACGACUCAAGGAUCGGGAACGCAAACGCGAUGUCGACAGUCUGCUCGGUGAAGUGACAGACGAGCGUUUCGCGUUGCUCGUCAAUCUGGGCAAGAAGAUCACGGACUUUGGCAGCGAUGCUGUCAACGCUUUAACAGCAGCCACCAACAAUGAGGAGCAAAUUGAUGAUACAUACGGCAUCAAUGUGCAAUUCGAGGAGUCCGAAGAGGAGAGCGACAAUGACAUGUAUGGCGAGAUCCGAGACGAUGAUGGCCAGGACGAGGGCGAAGAGGCGCGCAUCGAUCACACCCUGCACGCCGAGAAUCUGGCUAGCGAGGAGGCGGCGAGUAAUAUGAAAAAGGAACGUUCGCUUCAUCCCCUGGAUAUUGAUGCCUAUUGGUUGCAGCGUUGUCUCAGCAAGUACUACAAGGAUGCAAUGGUCUCGCAGAGCAAAGCAGCCGAUGUUCUCAAAAUACUGAAAGAUGCCGCCGAUGAGCGUGACUGUGAGAAUCAACUUGUCCUGCUGCUGGGCUACGAUUGUUUUGAUUUUAUUAAGCAGCUGAAGCUCAACCGGCAGAUGAUACUCUAUUGUACGAUGCUGGCUUCCGCACAAACGGACAGCGAACGGCAGCGUAUACGCGAAAAGAUGCGUGGCAAUACGGCGCUGGCCAAAAUCCUCCGUCAAUUGGACACGGGCAAGGCCGACGAACAGGAGGAGGCCGAUGCACGCGCCAAUAAGCGUGGCAAGGGCGAUGCAGACGAUGGUGGCGCCGCAUCUGCUGGCCAGGUGGCCGGUGUGCGUCAAUUGUUGGAAUUGGAUGAGUUGGCCUUUACACAGGGCUCACAUUUUAUGGCCAACAAGCGUUGCCAGCUGCCCGAUGGCAGCUAUCGCAAGCAGCGCAAAGGCUACGAAGAGGUACACGUGCCCGCCCUCAAACAGGUGCCUUUCGAUGCCAACGAGGAGUUGCAGCCCAUUGACAAGCUGCCAAAGUACGUUCAGCCCGUCUUCGAUGGCUUCAAGACCUUGAAUCGUAUUCAAAGUCGCCUCUACAAGGCCGCCCUGGACAGCGAUGAGAAUAUGUUGCUGUGUGCUCCAACUGGAGCGGGUAAAACAAAUGUCGCUCUGCUCACGAUGAUGCGCGAGAUUGGCAAGCAUAUCAAUGAAGAUGGCACCAUCAAUUCCCAGGAUUUCAAGAUCAUCUAUGUGGCACCGAUGAAAUCUCUUGUCCAGGAGAUGGUCGGCAAUUUUGGACGUCGUCUUGCCUGCUACAAUCUGACAGUCUCUGAGCUGACCGGAGAUCAUCAGUUGACCCGGGAGCAAAUCGCUGCCACGCAGGUCAUCGUCUGCACCCCCGAGAAAUGGGAUAUUAUAACGCGUAAGGGCGGCGAACGGACGUUUGUCAGUUUGGUGCGAUUGGUCAUCAUCGAUGAGAUCCAUUUGCUUCACGAUGAGCGUGGUCCGGUGCUGGAGGCGCUCGUUGCCCGUACCAUACGCAACAUUGAGACCACCCAGGAGGAUGUGCGUCUCGUUGGUUUGUCGGCAACGUUGCCCAAUUACCAGGAUGUUGCCACAUUUCUGCGCGUCAAACCGGACAAGGGACUCUUCUACUUUGACAACAGCUAUCGGCCAGUGGCGCUGGAGCAGCAGUACAUUGGUGUCACUGAGAAGAAGGCGCUGAAGCGCUUCCAGGUGAUGAACGAGAUUGUGUAUGAGAAGACAAUGGAACAUGCUGGUCGAAAUCAGGUGCUGGUCUUUGUGCACUCCCGCAAGGAGACGGGCAAAACGGCGCGUGCUGUGCGCGACAUGUGCCUGGAACAGGAUACGCUGGGCAGUUUUCUGCGCGAGGGCUCCGCCAGCAUGGAGGUGUUGCGCACCGAGGCCGAGCAGGUGAAGAAUGCGGAGCUAAAGGAACUGCUACCGUAUGGCUUCGCCAUACAUCAUGCGGGCAUGACGCGUGUCGAUCGUACCCUUGUCGAGGAUCUGUUUGCAGAUCGGCACAUCCAGGUGCUGGUCUCGACGGCCACGUUGGCCUGGGGUGUCAAUUUGCCGGCGCACACUGUGAUCAUCAAGGGUACACAGGUCUACAAUCCGGAGAAGGGUCGCUGGGUCGAACUGAGCGCCUUGGAUGUGCUCCAGAUGCUGGGACGUGCUGGUCGUCCACAAUACGACACCAAGGGCGAGGGCAUCUUGAUUACGAAUCACAGCGAGCUGCAAUUCUAUCUGUCGCUGCUCAAUCAACAGCUGCCCAUCGAGUCGCAGUUCGUGUCCAAGUUGCCCGACAUGCUUAACGCUGAGAUUGUCCUGGGCACAGUACAGCAUCUGCAGGAUGCUGUCAACUGGCUGGGCUACACUUAUCUGUACAUUCGCAUGCUGCGCAAUCCCACCUUGUAUGGCGUCUCGCAUGAUGCGAUUAAAGCGGAUCCACUGCUGGAGCAGCAUCGGGCGGAUCUGUUGCACACGGCUGCCUGUUGCCUGGAGCGCAGUGGCCUCAUUAAAUACGAGCGGAAGACGGGACACUUUCAGGUCACCGACCUGGGACGCAUUGCAUCGCAUUAUUAUCUAACGCACGAGACAAUGUUGACCUACAAUCAGUUGCUCAAACAGACCCUCAGCGAAAUUGAACUGUUCCGUGUGUUUUCGCUCUCGUCGGAAUUCCGGCACAUCUCUGUGCGCGAGGAGGAGAAACUGGAGCUGCAGAAGCUGAUGGAGCGUGUACCGAUACCCAUCAAGGAAUCGAUUGAGGAGCACAGCGCCAAGGUGAAUGUUCUGCUGCAGGCGUAUAUCUCUCAACUGAAACUGGAGGGAUUUGCUCUCAUGUCCGACAUGGUCUUCAUUACCCAAUCCGCGGCGCGUCUCAUGCGUGCCAUCUUUGAGAUUGUGCUGACGCGAGGCUGGGCCCAGCUGGCGGAUAAAACGUUGACGCUGUGCAAGAUGAUCGAUCGUCGCAUGUGGCAAUCAAUGACACCGUUGCGCCAGUUCAAGAAGAUGCCCGACGAGAUUGCCAAGAAGCUGGAGAAGAAACACUUUCCCUGGUCGCGGCUCUACGAUCUGGAGCCGCACGAGCUGGGCGAACUGAUCCGUGUGCCCAAGCUGGGCAAGACCAUACACAAGUUUGUGCAUCAGUUUCCCAAACUGGAGCUAUCCACACACAUCCAACCCAUAACGCGGGCAACGCUCCGCGUAGAGCUGACAAUUACCCCGGAUUUUCAGUGGGAUGAGAAGGUGCACGGCCAGUCCGAGGGUUUCUGGGUACUGAUCGAGGAUGUCGACUCGGAGCUAAUACUGCAUCACGAGUUCUUCCUGCUCAAGCAGAAAUAUGCCCAGGAUGAGCAUCAGUUGAAGUUCUUUGUGCCCGUUUUUGAGCCAUUGCCACCGCAAUAUUUCUUGCGCAUUGUCUCGGAUCGUUGGAUUGGCGCCGAGACUCAGUUGCCCGUCUCAUUCAGGCAUCUAAUCUUGCCCGAGAAAAAUAUGCCACCAACGGAAUUAUUGGAUCUGCAGCCGUUGCCCAUCAGUGCGCUGCGUCAGCCCAAGUUUGAGGCAUUCUACGCACAACGUUUCCCCCAAUUCAAUCCCAUUCAGACGCAGGUCUUCAACGCCGUCUACAACAGCGAUGAGAAUGUGUUUGUCGGCGCACCGACGGGCUCAGGAAAGAUGACAAUUGCCGAGUUUGCCAUAAUGCGUCUGUUUAGCCAGGGCAGCGAUGGGCGAUGUGUCUAUCUGGUGUCGCAGGAGUCACUUGCCGAUUUGGUGUUUGCCGACUGGCAUGCCAAGUUCGGAUCGCUGGACAUCAAGGUGGUCAAGUUGACGGGUGAAACGGGCACGGAUCUAAAACUAAUUGCCAAGGGACAGCUGGUGAUAACCACGGCGGAUAAAUGGGAUGUGUUGUCGCGUCGCUGGAAACAGCGCAAGAACGUCCAACAGAUCAAUCUGUUUAUUGUCGACGAACUGCAGCUGGUGGGCGGCGAGGAGGGACCCGUCAUGGAGAUCGUUUGCUCCCGCAUGCGUUAUAUUAGCUCCCAGAUCGAGAAACAGAUACGAAUUGUGGCGCUCUCUGCAUCGCUGACAGAUGCACGCGAUGUCGCCCAGUGGCUGGGCUGCAAUCCAAAUGCCACCUUCAACUUUCAUCCGAGUGUGCGGCCAAUCCCAUUGGAGCUGCACAUCCAGGGAUUCAAUGUGACGCACAAUGCCACACGCAUUGCGACCAUGUCAAAGCCCGUCUACAAUGCCAUACUCAAAUACAGUCCCCACAAACCCGUCAUUGUCUUUGUUUCGUCACGGAAGCAGGCACGUCUCAUGGCCAUCGAUGUGCUGACAUAUGCCGCAUCGGAUCUGCAGCCGAAUCGCUUCUUCCAUGCCGAGGAGGAUGACAUUCAGCCGUUCCUCGAGCGCAUGUCGGACAAAACACUGAAGGAGACACUCGCGCAGGGCGUUGCCUAUCUGCACGAGGGCUUGUCUGCCUCGGAUCAUCGUCUGGUCGAACAGCUGUUCGAUUCGGGCGCUGUGCAGCUGGCUGUUGUCUCCCGGGAUCUGAGCUGGGGCAUGAGCAUCUCGGCACAUCUGGUUAUCAUAAUGGACACACAGUUCUACAAUGGCAAGAAUCAUUCGUAUGAGGAUUAUCCCAUUACGGAUGUACUGCAAAUGAUUGGACGCGCCAAUAGGCCCAACGAGGAUGCCGAUGCCAAGUGUGUGCUCAUGUGUCAGAGUUCCAAGAAGGAUUUCUUCAAGAAGUUCAUCAAUGAGCCAUUGCCCAUCGAGAGUCAUUUGGAUCAUCGCAUGCACGAUCAUUUCAAUGCCGAGGUCGUCACGAAGACCAUCGAGAACAAACAGGAUGCCGUCGAUUAUCUGACUUGGACAUUCCUCUAUCGGCGACUAACCCAGAAUCCCAACUAUUACAAUCUGCAGGGCGUCACGCAUCGUCAUCUGUCCGAUCAUCUGUCCGAGCUUGUCGAAAACACGCUCAGCGAUCUGGAGCAGUCGCGGUGCAUAAGCGUAGAGGAUGACAUGGACACGUUGCCCCUGAAUCUGGGCAUGAUUGCCGCCUACUACUACAUUAACUAUACAACCAUUGAGCUCUUCAGUUUGUCGCUGAACAGCAAAACCAAAGUGCGCGGUCUGCUGGAGAUUAUCUCAUCAGCGGCUGAGUACGAGGAUGUUGUGGUGCGCCAUCACGAGGAGCAGGUGCUGCGCACACUCUCCCAGCGCCUGCCCAACAAGCUGACUGGACCCAAUGAAUCAGCGCCUAAAUUCAAUGAUCCUCACAUUAAGACGAAUCUGCUGCUGCAAGCACAUCUUUCACGCCUCCAACUCGGUCCGGAGCUGCAGGGCGAUACGGAACAGAUACUUAGCAAGGCGAUCCGCUUGAUCCAGGCCUGUGUGGAUGUACUGAGUUCCAAUGGCUGGUUGUCGCCCGCUGUGGCUGCCAUGGAACUUGCGCAGAUGGUUACGCAGGCCAUGUGGACCAAGGAUUCGUAUUUGCGGCAGCUGCCACACUUCAAUGCGGACAUUAUAAAGCGUUGCACAGAAAAGAAAAUCGAAACUGUUUUCGAUAUUAUGGAGCUGGAAGAUGAGGAUCGCACACGCCUCCUACAGCUAUCCGAUGUGCAAAUGGCCGAUGUGGCUCGCUUCUGCAAUCGUUAUCCCAACAUUGAACUCAAUUACGAGGUGGUCGACAAGGAUCGCAUCAAUUCCGGCUCCACGGUCAAUGUGGUUGUGCAGCUGGAACGUGAGGAUGAGGUCACCGGUCCGGUCAUUGCGCCAUUCUUCCCCCAGAAACGUGAGGAGGGCUGGUGGGUAGUGAUCGGUGAUCCCAAGACCAAUUCACUGCUCUCCAUCAAGCGUCUGACGCUCCAGCAAAAGGCCAGAGUCAAGCUGGACUUUGUGGCGCCCAGUCCAGGCAAGCACGAUUACACCUUGUACUACAUGAGCGAUUCCUAUUUGGGCUGCGAUCAGGAAUACACAUUCUCCAUUGAAGUGGGCGAUUUCCAAUCGGAGAGCGAAAGCGAAUCCGACUAAGCCGCAAAACAAAUAACCAACCAUAAAACCAUAACCAAUAAACCUUUAAUACAAACCAAUAAACCUUUAAAAUCAAUAAUUUA